CGAUCUUUUACCUAGCUUUACGCUGUUGUACAAAGUCUCCACUAGCUUUUGACACAAUGAAGGCUACUCUUCUCACAUUUACUCUUUGCACGGUGGCUCUUGCAGCACCGGUUGCACAAGAGGCCAAACGUGACAAGCUUCAGAACCUGUUUUACGUUCCUGCCGGCGCUGAGGGAGAGUCACCAGAGAAGCGUGACAAGCUCCAGAAUCUCUUCUACGUCCCAGCUGGUGCUGAAGGCAAGACACCAGAAAAGCGUGACAAGCUUCAGAACUUGUUUUACGUUCCUGCUGGUGCCGAGGGAGAGACUCCAGAGAAGCGUGACAAAUUGCAAAACCUGUUUUACGUUCCUGCCGGCGCUGAGGGAGAGUCACCAGAGAAGCGUGAUAAGCUCCAAAACUUGUUCUACGUUCCCGCCGGCGCUGAGGGAGAGACACCCGAGAAGCGUGACAAGCUCCAGAACUUGUUUUAUGUUCCUGCUGGUGCUGAAGGAGAAUCACCCGAGAAGCGUGAUAAGCUUCAAAAUUUGUUCUACGUUCCCGCCGGCGCUGAAGGCGAGACUCCAGAGCAAAAGUAAAAGAAUCUCGUUGGUG